AUGGAGCUCUCUACAACACAAUGGACUGCCGUCUCUCUAGGCGGCCUUGCGCUAGUCUACUUGGCUCUAAAGCCGUCAUCAUCACCCAAAGGUGUACCUUUUCCCCCAGGACCGAGAGGUCUUCCCAUCGUCGGCAACCUCUUCGACCUGCCAUGGAAAGAGGGUUGGAUGAUUCCUGUCGCAUAUCGCGACAUCGGUCGUCAACUGAAGUCUGACGUACUGCACUUCACACUGCUGGGAAAGCAUAUCAUCGUUCUUAAUUCCAAGGAGGCAACCCAUGAACUUCUAGAGGUACGCUCGGGCAAGUACUCGGACAGGCCCCGCUUGAAUCUCCUUCGUCACAUUAUGGGCCUCGACUGGCUCGCCGCCAUCAUGCCGUAUGGUAAUGACUGGAGGGAUAUGCGCCGCGCGUACCACAUGAACUUCGGCGUUGUAGAGCACCGUGGCGCUGAGACCAAAGCUGCACGUGCGCUCUUGAGAGAUCUUCUUGCGGCUCCGGCCGACUUCGCAGCCCACUGCAGGCAUCUCAUGACAGCCACAACACUCGACACUGCAUACGGCCUAGAUGUCCAGCAUGGCGACAAGUACACUCAGCUUGGCGCCAGCGUCCUGAACGCUGUGGUCUACGGGACGAGUGUCCUCGCUCUGGUUCCAGAUGCCAUUCCCAGUCUGAUGCACAUCCCGCAUGUGAUUCUCCGUACGCUCUACUGGAAGUCCUGGGGCUACAGGAGGUCCAUCAGCGACAUGUUGAACUUGCCUUGGAAGGCAGCGACGGAGCAAGAAGAGCCGCGGGAGAGCGUGGCCGCGACGGUGAAGAAGUUGCAAGCGGAAGGCUACUACCACGACGCGGCUCAGGACGUCGCGAAACGGCUCCCAGCUAACAUCUUCUUCUCGGGCGCUAACACUAGCGUCUCUUCGGCGACCACCUUCUUCCUCGCCAUGGCAAAGUACCCUGAGGUUCAGCGCCGCGCACAAGAAGAGAUCGACCGCGUCGUUGGUACCGAUCGUCUACCGACAUUCGCUGACGAGGCGGAUCUGCCAUACGUGAACGGGCUCGUCAAGGAGAUCUUCCGUUGGCGUCCUACUGCUCCGCUCGCGAUCCCGCAUGCGUCCAUGGAAGACGAUACGUAUAAUGGUCUAUUCAUCCCCAAGGACGCCCUUGUCAUCGGCAACUCUUGGGCGAUCUUGCACGACGAGAAGGUCUACCCUGACCCGGAGCGCUUUGAACCCGAGCGCUGGCUGAAGAACGAGAAGGACUUCCCGGAAGCUGCCUUCGGUCACGGACGCCGCCAGUGCCCGGCCAAGUACUUCGCCCGCGAAUGGUUGUUUAUCACCUUCGCCUCCAUCCUCGCUACAUACAACGUCUCGAAGGCCGUUGAUGCGAAAGGCAAGGAGAUCGAGCCGGUCGAUGACUACUCCGCUACCCUUUUCAGCUAUCCGGCACCCUUCCAGUGCCGCAUCGAACCGCGCUCAGAAGCUGCACGCCGGCUGAUCGAGACGUCCGACGAGGAGGACCUCUUCGCCGCAUGA